AUGUUUUUCAGCAGAUAUCUGAACCAAAAUCCAAGUCACCAAAGCCUCUAUCCGAAGUUGAAAAAUGUCAACGCCGCCACAGUGGACAUGAGCUGCAGCGAUACGGGUUUUGAAGCUACUGCCGCCGCCUACCUGAAGGUGUUCGACGAGGUUAUAACUGCUGUUGAGGAGAAGCCAGCCGACGUGCAAUCGGCAUGUGAUCGACUGAAGGCAAUUGGAAAAAUGCAUCGUACAAAGGUGUCUUCAAUUCAAAGCAACGCCUUUCAAGUGAUGGAAGAGCCGUUCAUGUAUAUGGUGAAAGAGAUUCUACAGGAUCGUUUCAACGAAAAAGCCGAAGGACUCUUUCGAAAGUUCUUCCAGUUCUGUCUCAAAUAUCUUAUCGAAGGCUUCAACGGCUAA